AUGUCUGAUUCCUCUAGCUCUAAACCAAGCAACCCUAACAGAGAAGAUCCUGUUGUUGACUCUGCGAAUACCUUACAUGCAAGAAGACCUAAAGAAACUGUAUCAGGCUUCUCCUCAGCCAUCGCUCUUGAGGAACGAACCAGAGAAGGUUCCAGGUAUGUUCACAAUGCCAUUGCCACUAUGGUGACUGGAAUACUGUCUGGUAAUAAUAAGGUCCUUGGGGUUUCCAUUCCCUUAAACACUAUUGAACCUGAUAGUGUUGCUUAUCAAGAAAAUAUUGAGUUUUUAGGAAAGAACAUAUCUGAUGAUGUUGAGCAAACUGAUGCUCAUAAGGAUUCAAAUGUUGACAAACCCUUAGAUAAUGUGGCUGGUGAGGAAGUGCAUGUCACUCAUGAUGUCAGUAACAACCCUAAUUGUGAGGCUGAAACAGUAGACUUGGAGGAAUUUUCUGAUAAUGAGUUGUUGUCCUCAGUCCUCCCUAACAUAGCCAAAAGGGUUAGGACUAGGAGAGAAAAGAAAACAGUGGCUCAAAGGUCCCCUAGAAAGAAGAUUGAUGUUCCAACCUCUUCCAAGACAAAGGUGGCAGUCGAGGGCUCCCUCAAGAGGAAAGUUCAUGGUCCAACAAAAUCUUGGAGCAAAGGGGUGCCCAAGAAAAAGAAGACCAAGUCUAUUGUUGCUGAGUCUGACUCAGAUGUUCCAUGUGAUGUCCCUGACACUCUAUGGAAAUAUGUUUAUCAGAAGAGGCUGGUUUUGGAAAGGGAAUUAGCUCAGAAUGUCCUAGAAUGUAAGGAUAUUAUGGACCUUAUUCAAGAGGCUGGUUUAAUGAAGAUUGUGACUCAGUUCUCAAAGUGCUAUGAGAUGUUGGUAAAGGAAUUUAUUGUCAAUUUGUCUGAAGAAUAUGCUGAUGGGAAGUCUAAGGAAUUCAGGAAAGUGUAUGUGUAA